CUUCUUAACUAAGAUAUAAUUAAUACUUAUAACAAAAAGAGAAAGAAAUAAUUGUUGCAUAACUAAGUGCGACUUUACAAUGUAAAAAUUGACCAAUUGCUUAUUCUAAAAGCGGUUUACAUGAAAAAUAUCAUAACACAUAACCGAAGCUUACGAGAUGCAUGCGUUUACUGAAUAUGCACCGAAAGUAAAUUAGGUCGCGUCUGAGUCUUAAACGUAGAAAGGCCGAAAUCAUUCGCCAUAUGGGGUCUACGCCCUCAUCGUCUAAAGCUUCCUGUGAUUGAUGGUAUAAAAAGCAAACCUCGGUGGUGGUACUGUAUCAGUCUCUUUCUGCAUUCCUCCAGUGUACAACUCAACAUGAAAGUAACGACAUUGAUUGCACUCCUGGUUCUUGGAACCUGCUUAGCCGAGAAGAAAGAGGCCAAAGACGAUAAGAAGACCGCAAAACGCGGUGUCUUUGGGGAAGGCAUCUCUUCUGGAUUUGGCGGUGACUCGGGCUUUGGAGAUUUCGGUGGUCAUGGUGAUCAUGGAGGCAUUAGUGGUGGCAUCGGAGGAGGUCAUGGUUUAGGAGGAGGUUUUGGUGGUGGCAUCGGAGGAGGUCAUGGUUUAGGAGGAGGUUUUGGUGGUGGCAUCGGAGGAGGCCAUGGUUUAGGAGGAGGACUUGGCGGAGGAAUUGGAGGAGGUCUUGGAGGUGGUUUUGGAGGCGGCAUUGGAGGUGGUUCUGGUGCUGGAGGUGCCAUUGACUUGGGCUCAUCUGUACAUACACAUCUUACAAUUACCAACAGAGUAGGAAUUCCUCACUCAGUACCAGUACCAGUACCAGUCGAAAGGAACGUCCCAGUGCCAGUACCUCACCCCGUCGCUGUUCCAGUAGACAAACCUUAUCCAGUGAAAGUAGCCCAACCUUACCCAGUUCAUGUCGACAAACCUUAUCCAGUCUAUGUUGAAAAGAAAGUACCUGUACCAGUAAGCUAUCCCGUAAAAGUGCCAGUUCCUCAUCCUGUUCCAGUUAAAAUACCUAAACCAGUGGCCGUUCCUGUUCACAAACCAAUACCAGUUCCAGUACCAGAAAUAAACAUCGUUAAGAAACCAUAUCCAGUGAUUGUCAAAGCUGACGACCAUGGAUCUUCAUUUGGUUCUUCCUUCGGAUCUUCCCUCGGUGGAGGAUUCUCUGGAGGACAUGACUUCGGAGGCAGCUUUGGGUCAUCCUUGAAACACUACCCCUCAAAACAUCGUCAAGNGGCUGAAGAAAAGGCCGAAAAGAAGACCGCAAAACGCGGUGUCUUUGGUGAAGGCAUUGGCUCCGAUUUUGGUGACUCUGGGCACGACUUUGGUGCAUCACAGACUUCUGGUGACCAUGGCUCGUUUGGUGAUGAUUUCGGUGGUGAUAUCGGAGGUGGAAGUUAUGGUCAUGGUUUAGAAGGUGGAGCUGGUUUUGGUCAUGGCCUUGCAGCUGGAUUUGGUGAAACAGGAGGCAAAAUUCCUUUGGGGUCUUCUGUACAAAAGCACAUUACCAUCACCAAAAAGAUCGGAAUACCCUAUCCAAAACCAUAUCCUGUAAAAGUAACUAAGAAUAUACCUGUUCCAAUACCACACCCUGUACCAGUUCCAGUUGAUAAGCCUUACCCUGUCAGGGUUCCAAAACCAUACCCAGUUCAUGUCGACAAGCCUUACCCUGUCAUUGUCCACAAGAAUGUACCAGUUCCAGUGAAAUAUCCAGUUAAAGUACCUGUCCCACACCCUGUUCCUGUCAAGGUGCCUAAACCUUAUCCAGUUCCAGUUCCAAAGCCUGUGCCUGUACCUGUUCCAGAAGUGAACAUUGUCAAGAAGACCAUUCCAGUUUUCAUUAAUGGUGGAGGUCAUGAAUCUUCCUUUGGAGGUUCGUCUUCUUUCGGAGGACAUGACUUCUCUGGUGGAUCAGGAUUAUCUUACGGAGGACAUGGUUUGGGAGGAGGCUUGGAAAGUGGAUAUGGAUCGGACUGGAAGCACUAAUAUUUGCACCCUAACCUGAACUGAACAUUCGUUUUCUUAUAUACAAUUUAUUGUUAUUUCCUUGUAAUUUAAUUUUCUUGUUCCUAUAUGUGUAUAUUAUUUUCUUAAUAUAAAUCGUAAGAACCUAAUUCGGUUUCAUUCCAAUUACAAAAGAAAUAAUUUAAAAGUUUUCCAGACAAAUUGUGCCACACAGUUGCUUGCCAAAGUAGACAUUUUAAUUUCCGUAAUUGCUUCAUCAGAAAAAAAAGUUUAUAAUUUGGAAUAAGCGUAGAGUUUUAAAUAUUAAAUGGAAGUUCGAUUUCAAAAGUGUAGGCUGGCUAUUGACUUUAAUUUAGAAAUAUUAUUAACUAGCUAAACAAAGAUUUUGUUAACAAAUUUCAUU